GAUCCAUUUCGAGAGUUGAAAAGUGUGGCGUCAAGUGUUCGCUGUUUACUGGCGACUGGAGCUGAAAGCGUCUCAGGCUCGCUGCUCCUCUGUCUGCCUCCUGUGCUGUGUGUGUGUAAGUGUGCGUGUAAGUGUGUGUGUAAGUGUGUGUGUGUCUGCUGUCUGUGUCUGCCCUCUCUAACCGGCCAGUUCCGUCUUCCUCCAUUUUCUGCCAUGCUUCAGAGGGGAAGAACACCCACUAGUUCCCCCGCACGCUGUGCACGCCCGCAGCACUAAGCGUCCUGGCAUGUGUCCUGCAGCCAGGCCUGCUGGUGUUUAGGUGGAGCUUACUGCUCCCAUGCUGGUUGGGAGCUGAUCCGUGCCGCAGCAGGUUUAGUCGGCUUCAACUUACACCAACCCGGGGCUGUCCUCUCUAUCCACCUAUCUCACAUACUACCCCCUCCUCCACAGCAUGGAGAACAGCAGACGUUUGGAGGAGAGGCUUUUGUUCAGCUACACAGAUGAACAACAGGAAGGAGGACAUGGAGAUCUCCUCUCACUACCGUCAGCUCCUCAGAGAGCUCAAUGAGCAGAGGCAGCACGGCAUCCUCUGCGACGCCUGUGUCAUCGUGGACGGAAAGAUCUUCAAGGCCCACAAGAACGUUCUCCUGGGCUCCUCACGCUACUUCAAGACUCUUUACUGCCAGGUUAAAAAGGGGUCAGAGCCUCACCACCAGACCACUGUCACUCAUCUGGACAUUGUCACGGCGACAGGUUUCAAAGCCAUCCUGGACUUCAUGUACUCGGCGCACCUUGCUCUCACCAGUAAAAACGUGAUCGAGGUCAUGUCAGCUGCCAGCUAUCUGCAGAUGACAGACAUUGUACAGGCCUGCCACAGCUUCAUCAAGGCCGCGCUGGACAUCAGCAUCCGCUCUGAGAUGGCCGACGAACUGGCCGACUUUGAAAUGGGAGCUGUUGCUGCCAGCAUAGGCGGAGCAGGUGGCGGAGGUGGAGUGGGUAUGACAGGAACAGGGAACGUUGCGGGAGCGGGUUUGGGUGGAGGAGCAGGAGGAGGAGGGAUCGUGGGCAUGGCCUCUGAAGCCCUCGCCUCCAUCAUGUCUGGUCGCAGCACCUCCCCUUGGCUGGCGCGACGCACCAGCCCGGCCAACUCUUCUGGGGACUCGGCCAUCGCCAGCUGCCACGAGGGAGGCAGCACGUAUGGCAAGGAGGACCAAGAACCACCCAAGAGCCAUGAGAGCCAGGAGGAAGCCUGCCACGACUCUCAGCCCGCCUGGCCGCAUGACUACAGGCCUGUCACUGUCAAAGAGGAACAGGUGUCCCCCACCUCCUCCUCCCAUCCCCGGGACACUCCCAGGGGGGCAGCCCAGAGCCAGGGGGAGCAAGGGACUGGUGGUGCUGCUGGAGGAGGUGGAGAGGGACCCUGGCAACCUCUAUUAGGGUCCGGGCGGAGGAAGAACAGGAAGAACAAGGACACGGUCAGACAUAUUACCCAGCAGGCUGAGAGGAACUGGGAUAGAGAGCGGGACAGGGAGAGAGACAGGGACAGUAGGCCUGGGUCUCCUCUGCCCUCCAUGCUGGCUGUUGCUGGAUGGAACUACAAUGGACAGGACAUACCAGGUAAUGACCGUCUUCUGCACAUCUGUAGGCAAUAUAAACUAAAGUGACAAUGCUGUAGAUUCACGUCAUCAGCAGGAAUUGUGAUACCAUGUGUUUCCAAAUAGUCCUUUUCUAGUGAAUGUGUUGGUUUUAUUAUUAGUUAAGUGUCACAACAGCAGGUUGAAUCAACUCUCAAGAUUGGAAGAUUGGAGGCAGUUCAAAAGAAAUCAGACUUCCAUGUUUGUGCUGCUGAUUUGAUAACCGUAAAGGUGCUUUCAGACAUGAACUGAACUCCAGAGAUUCUCCACACUUUCUCCAGAGGAGGUGCAUGUGUGAAUGUCAGGAUGAGAGCCUUCGUAUUAUCUGCGGACACUCUCCGUUUGGCCCCCUAAAAAAAAGUCCAUAUGAAGUUCGUAGAAUUAGAUGUUAGAGCACAGUUGGGGAUCCCCAGCUGGAUUCCCAGCAAGCAAGUGGGGGUUUGAUGAAGCUUCUAACACAGGAUUGUGAGGAUUUCCGGACUUUAUCCGCUGGUCAUGUCUGAAAAUGGAAUGAGAUUGAAGACUUUCUUUGAUUUGCUGUGCUUUGUAACACUGGCCCCUACUUAGCUAACCAGUCAAUUAGUGAAUGACUGGUGAGAUAAUGAGAUUAGGUUAGUGUGUGAGUGACAUUAACACCUAAACUACUGCACAGUCUAAUUGAUGUGUGCUUUUCUUGUGUGCAUGACGCUUUACAGUGCAUGUCUGCUUAAUGCGCUGAAUCCUGUUUGGAUAUUUGAAUGCACGUUAGCCAUCCACACCGUUUACUAGCUUUAACUGACCUCUUUACCUCCUGGGUGGUUGAGAUUAGCAAGCUCCGAACACCGAACGUGUUAGGCCCAAAGUGAUUAUCUUAAAUCUUGGAUGUGUGAGGUGAAGCCAGGGCAAAUGCAGAUAGAUAAUACAGCCCUCUUCUUACUGCAGUUUACGUAGUAGACGCUCUCACAUAGAUGGGCAGAGGCAUACACAAACAAACUCAAGAACACAUAUUUAUUUUGAGAAAGCCUCUCUUGAUCUCGCAGAAAUGUUUCAUGAAUUCUUUUGCAUUA